AUACGGAAAUUUGGCAUUAUCAUACGACACUAUAAAAGGCGAACGCCGGAGGGGCUUCUCUGGGCCGCAGAACCAUCAGAGUCUACCGCGUUAUCCGCAUCCUCUCCUCUCUCUUGUGGUUUUCAUUUCAUUCUUCUUGCCGGGAAAGUUUGGGGUUUUGCCAAUUGAUCGAUUGUUCUCAUUGAGAAGCCAUGGAUUCUGAUUCUGUAUCCAACUCUGCCGCCGCUGCUGUCUCCAAGGAUUUGGGGAAGAAGAAGAGGGGGAACAGAUUGGCGAAGCUGAAGCAGUGCAAACUGGAUGUUCGGCGGGAGCAAUGGCUUUCUCAGGUGAAGAACAAGGGAUGCGGUAUGGAUACAAAUAGGAUGGUUGGAUCCCUACCUGCACCUAUGCUGAUUUCAAAUGAAAAGAACAGAUUGUCUGAGAAUCUAGAAAAAAGAUCUACAGGGAUGGAGACUGAGGGGUUGAGUAUACAUGACAGAGAUUUGGAAUCCUUGAUGAAUAGCCCAGUUGGCAGCAGCUUGGGUCGUAAUGAUUCAAGGAAACAUUUUCCUGAAAGUAGCAGCAGCAGCAGCUGUGGUUAUUGCUCUGGAAGCGUCAGUGAGGAAGAAGAGGUUGAUGGCUGCCUGGAUGACUGGGAAGCUGUUGCAGAUGCAUUGACCUUAGAUGACGAACACAGAAGACUUGUUUCAGCACCAUCUGGCCAACUUGAAACUAUUAUUACACCAGCUAAUCUUCAACAAUCUAACCAGAAUUCCAGCAUGGGUUUGUUGAAAACAGAGAAUGGUGGAAUGGACACAGGGCCCCAGCCAGCUUGUCGAGCAUGGAGGCCUGAUGAUGCUUUUCGUCCUCGGAGUCUUCCAAACUUGUCAAAGCAGCAUUGUUUUUCCAUGAAUUCAGACUGGCACGGUGGCCAUGGAACCAUCCCUUGGGCAUGGCAGAGUAUUGUUUCCCAGCCUUCUUCAUGUCCAAUCUGCUAUGAGGACUUGGAUCUCACUGACUCAAGGUUCUUCCCAUGUUCGUGUGGAUUUCGACUUUGCCUUUUUUGCCACAAAAAGAUUCUUGAAGCAGAUGGAAGAUGUCCAGGCUGCCGGAAGCAGUAUGAUGCUACAAAUUGCGAUAUAGGCUCCAAUGGAGGGGUUCCACCAUUUCAGAUGACUCAUUCUUGCAGCAUGAGCACUAGAUCUUAGAAAAGAGUUUCUUAUCUCUAAAAUCUCAUACCCCGCUCCCCUUAUUUUCUGGUGUAAUGGUGUAUUAGUCGUUUGUCAAUGCUAAAGUUUUGAUUAGCAAUGAGGAGUAUGUGAGUAGUAGAUAGGUGUCUGAAUUUUUCAGUAGCUGAAUUGGACCUCUAAUGAGGUUGUUCUUAUGUGUAAGAUGUUUUACAAAUGUUGUAGGAAAUUUAUGUGAUUACGUGCAAUGCAUGCAUUGUUGUGGA